AUGGCGACGUUUUUACCUAUUCCGAAGGACGUGACGACCCUGCGUCACUUGCUGCAGACUGAGACUGAGACUAUGGAAAGCAAUUGUGUUGUGAUGAUUCCGAGGUUGAUGUCGAAACUGCGACAUGCGUCGGUGGUGGGGGAUGAUGAGGCGAAGGUGCCUUUCGUACCUUUAGAAGAAGUGGAUACUUUUCUUGAUGCGAUCCUAUUGGCUCAUGCUGAUCGUCUACUGAAUCAAGAUCGUUCGAUGGACAUGGCUACAAAAGCACAAUGUAUUGAAGAUCCGCUACCAUUUGUUUCAAGAGACGUUUUUUUUGAUCAAGUGAAGCCCAAGAAUAGCACGCAGGAACUUUGUGGCUAUUUGUUUCAACGUGAUGACAUUGCAUUUAAUUGCAAGACGUGCGGAUUCGAUGAAACAUGUGUCUUGUGCGUCAAGUGUUUCCAGAAUGGCAACCACGAAGGCCACGAUGUGUUAUUUCAUCGCACGAGUCCAGGAGGUGUCUGCGAUUGCGGAGAUAGUGAAGCGUGGGCGCCAGAGGGAUUCUGCGUCGAUCAUGGGCAAACACAAGAUAGCGUUGCUGCAGAUUCAAAGAGUGCAAUUUCAGAUUUGCUACCAAAAGAAAUCGUCCAAGUCGCAGACGCGCUUUUUACAUGGAUUGUAAAUUUCUGUGUUGAGAUGGCCAAGAAGUCGAUGCAGGUGUUUGAUGCUGAGUUUGUAGAUGAACAAGGAAGACAGAAGCUUGAUGAAUUGUGGCUAGAGCUACAAGAACGCGGGGUCAGUCUGGAAGAUGGACAGUUGAUGGAACGGCUGUUCCAUGUGAGAAUUGGCAACGAUGAUGUACAUUCGGACGAAGAUUUGAUCGUGUCUUUGUCUCAAAAGCAUAUUCUAAGGGCAGACGAUCUUGUACGCGCCAUUGACUCGAACGGGUCCGAGAUUGUAGCUCAAAAUUUGAUGCUACGUGACGCACUGACGCUCAUGCAGGCGUUACAAAAUGAAGGUUGGCAUGUGUCUGUGGUGCAGGACAAUUUCGUACACGAAGAAAACGUGUUGUUGCGGAUUAUACGAUGGGUGAAGACGAUUUGCUCACUUUCCAAGGAGCUGCACGUGCUUUUUUGUGAGAAGUUAUUUGCCGUGGACGAGCAAGGAAAAGAGCCGAUUGAGGUUAUGUUUCUCUCACACCCAUAUUUUCGCAAAGAUAUCGCCCUGGAACUGUACGAAUUAUAUUUAAAGUUACAGGGCGACAAAGGUCCAAAGCUGCAGUUAUCGGUGGUUUUCUACAAGGUGUACACUCGUCUAAUGGGUAAGUAUUUUUGUGGUAUCGGAACGCGCAAAGAAUCGCUUUUCCAAUACGGCGUACAGAUUUUCACGACCCCUUCAAUCGUGCAUCAUUUGGCAAGCAUGGGGUUGCUUGAUAUGCUUCUGGAUACAAUUCACACGGCUUUUGAGAUAGUGCAGGCCCUAACGCUAACGCCGCACCAGCAUCAGUAUACAUCCCACACGCUUGACUGUGAUCACCCGUUGCUUAAAUUCAAGCGGUAUCACUUUUUAUUCGAACAUUUAGGAUACGUGUUAGGUGUUCCGGCAAUGUCGAGUGCGCUACUUCUUCGGUGUGAUUUAUUAGAAAAGUUUUUGACGACUCUUGGACGAAUUCAGGGCUUGGACCCUCAAGUCCGAAUACAGGAUAGUCGCGCACAUGUGAUAUACGAAAGUCAGUCAUGGCUAACUGCAUUUGACCUGCAGGCCAACGUAAGCAAAAUCAUAACGAUGAUCUCGACUGGGCUUCGCCAUCACGAGGCUUCAAAUACGCAAAUGCGCAACCAGGAUUAUGAACAGGUAGUAGCUAACGUGCUAGAAGGAAUUUGGACUCAGUUGAAUCAGGCUGGUUCUGCUGCACCUCGGCUGCCUUUGUAUGUCCCACCAUGUGGCAGAUUGAUGGGAUUAUCAUCUGUUGAGAAGAUCGUAAAGCAUGACGUGUCAACAGAGCCCGUGUCCUUCCAUAACCCGCUCCACUGUCUGUUGGGUAGAUUCUUAAGUGAGUCCCUCUACUACAGCCCACCUUCUUCUUUCGGAACUGCUUCUCCAAGUGAUACGAACUGGGGCGCAAUUGUAGAGCGCUCGAUGGCAAAUGUAUUGCUGCUGAAGGAGACCAAGGAUGAGAAGAAAUCUAAUGGCGUUGACUAUAAGAAGAGCAUGCUGGUGUAUAGCAUUUUGGAAUAUCCGCUGCGCUCCUUGGUACUCUGUGCACAGAUAAGCUGUGGUCUUUGGAUCCGCAAUGGGCAGAAGAUGCGACGUCAAGUAAUGCACUACACUUGCCCGCCGUGGUGCAGUGAGCUGCGCGACUUGGACCUAUUUCUUGUGCAAGUCAGUGCAACAAUCGUGGGCUUCCCUAAAUUUCUGACGAUUUUCUUCGACCGAUUCGGUCUUUCGGAAUGGCUUCUCACGUGGAAUAGUGUCACUGUUGCUGAUGAGAGUGUUGAUAGUUUAGCUCGUGAGCCACUCGAUAGCGGUUCAAAGGACGAAAAGCAAGUAAGCAUGUUGGAAGCUGCUUUACUGCAGCUUACCUGGAUUACUACCGAAGUUCCACCAUCGUUGGAUGAGAUCGAACAACGAGACGCGGUGCUUCGUCGCGAAGUCAUCCAUCAGCUAAGCCAACACUCUUGCCGGUUUUCAGAACUGCUCGAUCAGACUGAGUUUGUUAUUUCAACACCUGCUGGUGGUAUAUCAGCUCGACAAAAAGAACUGCACAUUACUCGCCUGAAGCGUAUUUUGGAUGAAGUGGCUGACGAGCAGGUCAAAUACUCUAUUGGCUUUGCUCCUCCCGGUGAUGACAGGGACGACAAAGCUAGCACCGGGGAUGGGGCAAUGGGACCUACCGUGUACAUGUUGAAAAAGGCAUAUUUUAUAGAAUACGACCCUUCGUUCUACCACAUGAGUUGCUCUGGUCAUGAGAAGGCCCAACUUGCGCGACAAGAGGCUUUGUUCAAAACGUGGCAGAUCUCGGACCCACCUAUUCCGUUAGUGGCGCAAGUACCACCCCCUCAUCCGUCACUCCGUGCAUUGCGAUUGAUUGUGCUAGAGGAAGGUUUGCUGGGUAUAUUGCGGCUUAUCCUGGAUGAUGCGAAUGCUCAUGCUGCUUGUGACUGCGAAGGCACGAGUUGCACCACUGGGAGCACAAGAACAAACGCUAUGGUGGUGAUGCGUGCUAUUCACAUUAUCAAUUUGGCAGUGCUUGUACUAGAGCGAGGUGCUGACAGUACCCUUCUGCCACAGCAAUACGGAGCUGUAUCGUCAGACAGUACGAGGCGGCAAACCUUGGCACUUCUACGCAGCGGCCCCACUGCUUAUGAGGAAGCCGACACUACACAUCGUGGAAAAAAGCGUUUGAAACGACAGUCAUCGUCAUCCGAUGACGGCAUUAUGCGUAUGACAAAUGACGGCGACCAGAGCGACCCGAGCGAGGUGAAUGACUCGAGUAUCGUUGCGUUACUCGUGGCGCUGUCGAAGGAUAUGGCGAAGCAUGACUUUGAAAACGCAAAGUCAACGGUGUCAGCAAUCUAUUGGAUCUUGAACAAGCUAGCUGCGUUGGACUGCACUAUUCGCGUCUACGUCGAGGACAAAGUUCGGAGUAGUCUACAAAAUCGCAAAGAGCUAGUUACGAAGAACGCAGUGUCCAAAUCUGAGCUAAAGAAGAUAAACCAGGAGCGUGCUAUCGCAGCGAUGAUGGCGCGUCAAAAAGAAUUUGCGGAGUCUUUCGCUCUUUCCAAUGAAGGCGAGGACGAAAAAGAGAAUGAAGAUUCAGCGCAUUUUGAAUGUAGCGGUGAUUGUGAUAUUGUCGCAGACCAUUUUCAUCAUGGAACACCAAGACGGACAUAUGUGUAUCGACCACCGCCACCUCCAGACUGCAUUAUCUGCACCCAGAAAAAGAAGGAUGCACCGAUCAUGUACAUAGGUCACGCACAGAUGAGUCAAGUUUGUGCGCACGCACGGGGCAAUCAUCCCGGCUGUGUGGAUGCUGCUGUCAUGGACGGAAACCAAGAUAGUAGCAGCAACAGCACCGCAGCAUGUAAUGCGACACCUUUCCCACCUCAACUUCAUUUGUCACUGUGUGGCCAUGCCGUGCAUCUACACUGCUGGCAGCAAUAUUUUGAGUCAGUAAGGGCACAAUCUCAAGCCAUCCUUGGACAAAACCGGACAAACAUAGCAUUCGAUGCACAAAUCGGUGAAUUCCUCUGCCCGCUUUGCCAAGCGCUGAGUUCAAUGCUCGUGCCGUGGCUUCCAAUUUGCUCUCCUUUGACAUCAAUGGAACAGCAGCGCGACCGCGAUGCCAUGGAGCGCGUAUUCCAGUCUUCGCGGGAUACGACUUGCAUUUUGUCAUGGUUAUCAGAGGGACUACCGAGUCGAUUAGAGUCCCUUGCCCUCGAUGGCGUAGUGGGUCGAGAUGAUGAAGAUGGGGAAGGGGUCCGGAUGCAGCAACAGGAUGACAUCAGUGCUAUGAACCAUUUCGCCGGAUCACUUUUGGAAAUAAUGGUACGGUUCCAACCGGAAAUGACGCACCUUGCGCCUGCAGUGAGUGCCGUUAAGAAAGGGUUCUAUUCCACUGGAGCGCAGCUGACUCACCUGAUUUGGUCUUCAGUUGCGUCGACCAUAGCUAGCACUCAGCUAAGCUGCAUCUCGUUAGCAAUGAGCUCGCUUGAUUCGAAUGCUUCUGUUUCAAAGAAUGGGCAUGAAGAUGCCUCGUGGCGAUGGAAUUCCGCUCGUAGCAGUACUGGUUCAGCAGUUGCGGUAUCUUCAUUUUCUUCGCUAAGCCUUUCGAAUAUUCUGAAUCCAGUUGCGCCGUGCCUGAAGACUCGAGUGGCUGUGUCGUUGCCUGACGCGUUGGAUCUACAGUUGGACCAACUCUCCCCCAAGUAUGACAGCAAAUUAAACGUGAUACUCCGCUCAUUGCGCCACGUGCCCUUGCUAUUUGCAAAGCAUCGUCGAGGGUUCUACAAGAGCAUGUGCUCCCCGAUCGCUCAGAAUUUUCGUCUUGCUCUUUCACUUGAACAGUGGUCACAGGCACUGCCAGAAGGACCGCCGCUGCAGGUGGAUCGACCAGUUUUGGGCCAAGAUCUGCUCUACCUCAGCGUUGCAAUUUGUAGUAGCAUGCUGACGACAAAGGCUGACAUCUUGCUCACUAUUCGGUCACUCUGCGUCUUGCACAUGGCACAAGUGCUUAUUCAAAUCGCACAAAUCGAAGCUGAAGAAAAGACUGAUUGCCUGGAGGAAGAACAGAACGAAGCUCAAAGGAGGGAUACCACAGGAACUGGUAACUUAUCAUCCGAGCAAUCAAGUGAACGGCAGCGUGGUUUGGAAGUUCUCAUGGGACGUCUUGCACAAGAAGCCGGUGUAGACGUUGUUGUUAACGCCAAUAAACGGUACGAAGAAAUGAACUCAACAGGCGGUUCUCACCGACGCCCAGCUCCUCAAGGACGACAACUCGAGCUUCUGUUCGAGUCAUCGUGCCUGACGUUUAUGCGGCAGGUGACGCUUUUAUUGCGCGCGUUUUUUCGAGGCGAGCAAGAUCCCGAUGCAUCAUGGAGCGCCAACUUUGUGACUUCGCUGCGGCUUAGCACAAAGUACAAUGACAUGUGUCAACAAAUAGGAUUGCCGCACAUCACUCAGUUGCUGGCAGAUGAGGCACUUGUAGGGUAUCUCCUGCAGGCAGCACAGGAGCUUCGUCUUCGCCCCACCAGUGCUGAUGUUCCUGAAGUUUUACAGCUUCGCUACAGUCAACACUGCCAAGCUGACUCGAUUGUUGCGGAGCUGACGAAAUUCGAUUCUGACGAAAGGAUGGGAGGCUCUUUGGAGAGAGAAGCAGUAAUUUCUCGAAGCAACUUGGGAAGAAUCCUAAACCUUCCGCUGCAACUGAAGCCGGACCCACACUUGAAGAAGAAUUCGUUUCACGUUGCACGGAUCCGGCUGGUGCAGUUGCCCCCUUUGUACACGGACCUGCACUCUGCAGUGCUAGGCAAAAGCAAGUGCAAGCAGACGGGGAAAACAAUGGAGAAUCCAGCUAUUUGCCUCGUAUGUGAGCAAGUUUUGUGUGCUGGGAUGGAGUGUUGCCGACGAAGUAGCGAUGGCAUGGGCGCUUGCACGCACCACGCUAUGAAAUGUGGCGCUAGUGUUGGCCUCUUCUUUCUCGUGCGGUCGUCGUCAGUGUUACUGGUAUUUGGUUCGCGUAGUUCCUUCUUUGGAUCUCCUUAUCUCGACAUGUUUGGCGAACAAGACAUUGGUCUUCGUCGUGGACGGCCGUUGUAUCUGAAUGCUACGCGCAUGAAAGCAAUCGAGGCUUUGUAUGCAAAUCAUCAGCUGGCAACUGAGGUCACGCGAAAUCGGCGCUCGUCCGACCAAUACAUUCGCAACAACUAUUACUAG